GGGCACAUGCUGGGCCUCAUGAGCAUCUUUGAUUGCGUGUGAGUGAGAGUCUGCCUUUGUCUGUCUAUGUAUCUGGGUUAAUGUCAGUACUUGACUGUAAAAGAGAACAAAAUCCUGAUUCAUUUAUAAAAUUAAGAAUCUGAAUUAUUCUCGGAUUAGGUUUUAUAGUUUGCUGAGGCCAAACAAAAUGAUACAAUUUUUGUCCAUUGGAGUCAGUUUUCAUUGCGUAAGGCACCAAGUAUGACGUCUGUAAAUUUCUUCUGGACUAUUGCAGAAAACGUAGUAGAAAACUGGGGAGACUGACACCUGUGAAUAUAGGAUGGGUUGUGUAUGUAGUGAUCAGAAACAACUCACAGAGAAUAAAGGAACUAAAAGAAACUCUAAAACAUCUCAUUUAUUGGGAGAACACAAUAAUACAGGUGAAAACAUUGUUAUUGCUCAGCAUGACUUUCAACCUGCAAGUGAGAAUGAUCUUGAAUUCAAAAAAGGAGACAGACUCAAGAUUAUCAGGGAAACUGGAGAAUGGUGGUUGGCAAAGUCCUUGGUCACAGGUAUUGAGGGAUAUAUUCCACGUACGUAUGUGGCGAAAGCAGAAACAUUGGAGGUGGAGAAAUGGUUUUUCAAGAAUAUGAGUCGCAGAGACACAGAGCGUCUUAUACUGGCCCCAGGAAACAAGCCUGGCUCAUUUCUCGUGCGAGAAAGUGAAACAACCAAAGGUGCUUUCUCUCUGUCUAUACGAGAUUCCUCCCUGGAGCACGGUGAUGUGGUCAAGCACUAUAAGAUCCGUGCACUUGAUAACGGCGGUUAUUACAUCUCUCCAUCCAAGACCUUUGCUUCUCUACAGGAACUUGUGAAUUAUUACACCAGAGAAUCAGAUGGUUUGUGUCAGAGAUUAGGAAGUCCUUGUAAGACAGCAGCCCCUCAAACACCCUGGGCCCAAGAUGAAUGGGAGAUUCCAAGGGGCACUCUUAAGUUUGAGCAAAAACUUGGUGCAGGCCAGUUUGGAGAAGUGUGGAUGGGGUACUACAAAAACCGACAGAAAGUUGCCAUUAAGACCUUGAAGGAAGGCAGCAUGGAACCAGAGGCUUUCCUGCAGGAAGCAAACCUCAUGAAGCAGCUAAAACACGACAGACUGGUCAAAUUGUACGCUGUGGUAACUAAAGAACCCAUUCUGAUUGUUGCAGAAUACAUGGCACACGGAAGUUUGUUGGACUUUCUGAAAACAGAUGAUGGACGGAAAUUAAAACUGCCCAAGCUGAUUGAUAUGGCUGCUCAAAUUGCAGAGGGCAUGGCUUACAUUGAAAGAAAUAACUACAUUCAUAGAGACCUGCGGGCUGCGAAUAUUCUAGUCUCGGAGACUCUACACUGCAAAAUAGCAGAUUUUGGCCUUGCCAGGAUAAUAGAGACUGAAUAUAUUGCACAGGAAGGUGCGAAAUUCCCUAUUAAGUGGACAGCACCUGAGGCCAUCAAUUUUGGUACUUUUACCAUCAAGUCAGACGUGUGGUCAUUUGGAGUUCUUCUGACAGAAAUUGUCACAUAUGGCCGAGUACCGUAUCCAGGUAUGACGAAUCCGGAGGUGAUCCGUAACCUUGACAGGAACUAUAGGAUGCCUUGUCCAGAUGGCUGCCCUGAGGAGCUCUAUGACAUCAUGAUGAAGUGCUGGAAUGAAAAACCAGAGAACAGACCUACCUUUGAUUACCUGCAGGAUAUACUCAAUGACUUCUUCAUUGCCACUGAGGGCCAGUACGAAACACAACCAUAGCUCCUGCACCCACACUGAAUAAACUCUAUGAAUGUAUACUGUAGAUGAACUGAACGAGACAUACAGUAUACACUGAACUUGGAAUCUGGAGUGGAAAGACGGACUAAACCCUUUAUCGAAAGAAUAAUUAAAGGGAUACUUCACCCCAAAAUGAAGAUUCUGUCAUGAAUUACUUUCUAGUUGUUCCAAACCUGUAUAAAAUUCUUUGUUUGAUAUUUGGACAAAUCCUGGUAACCAACCAGUUCUUGGACCUCAUUGACUAGCAUAGUAGAAAUAAUUACAAUGUACGCAAAGGUGUCUCCAAACUGUCAUACAUUCUUGAAAAUGUAUUAUAAAUAUAUAAUUAACAGAACAAAAAAUAAAAAGCAUUUAUGGUAGUCGAUGGGGAUCCAAGAACACUUUGGCUGUAAGCAUUCGUCCAGAUGUGUUCAUAAGAACGAAGACUUUUACACAAAUUGAGUAAAUUAUGACAGAAUUUUAAUUUUGGAAGUAUCCCUAUAACAAUGUGGAAUGUACUAAAGCAAGCACGGAAUGCCGUGUUGUAUAUCGGUAAAUAUGUUUUUUUAGCAGUUAUUGCCUUAAUGUAUUUUUCAGAUGUAAUUUAUAGUCUUUUCAGCCUAUUUUAGCAUUAUUUUAAAGAUGUAUUGUUAUUUUUGAUAUGUAAAAAUAAAUCAUUCGCAAUUCA